CAUUUCUCUUCCACUAUGAGCAGACCAAUUGUAUUGCACAUUUGUCUGGCUUUCUGUAGCCUUCUACUUCUCAACUUUGCCACACAAUGUCUGGCCUUCCCCAAAAUGGAAAGGAGGGAGCUAGCUCAUGUUCAUGCAGAAAAAGGGCAGUCUGCGAGGAUGAACACAGGUGACCUAGAAAAUAGCUCCAUUACUUCAAAGCAGACUCCCCACCUUGUGGUCUCUGAAGAUCCAAUGAUAGUGUCAGCAGGACCAUCAGCAACGUCAUUAAAUAAAGUAUUUUUGAUUAACAAAGAAACCCAUCCUAAAGGAGCUGGGCUCAUGCAGCCUAAUAACCCCAGUGAUUACACUGCUACUGAGCCAGUGGUCCCAGCAGGUGAAGAAGUGUUUAGUUCCAGCCAGCCAGAGAGAAUGUCUCCUGAAAGCAGACUUUCCAAGACCAUGUUAACUAUUGCUAUCACUGCAACUGCUUCUCUGAAGAUUGAUGAAAAAGAGGAACACUUUAGCAGUACCAGCAUUCAGCCCACUGCAGAAGAGACCACAGAAGUGACACCAGGUUCUCUGAAGUAUGUGGAUAAUCAGUCAUUUGCAACUGAAAGUCAGGAAGGAGUUAGUUUGGAGCAUUCACCUUCAUCCUAUGUGAAUACUAAAGAAAUAUUUACCACUAAUCCGAGGACUGGGAAAUUUAGAGCAGACACAGACCACAGGACAACUUCUUCUCCUGGUGCAGAGUUCACAGCAGGCACUGAGCCUGGAAGCCUCACGCCUGAUAGGGAAAAGCCUUCUGAGAUGACAGCUGAUAGCACCCAGGCUACUGCCACCAGGCAUUCGCUCAUAACUUCUGAGUACACUCUGAGUGUUGAGCCAGAAACUGACAGCCUGCUGAGAGCCCCAGAAGUCACAGAAAGUGUCAGCACAGCUGUUCCAGCUGCCUCUAUCUUCAGUGAUGAGUGGGAUGACACCAAAUUAGAGGGUGUAAGCCAGAUAAGGACCUCAAAGCAUGGAGACAAUGCGGAGACUCAGGUGAGAAUGGAGACGUCUCAGACAGCACAAGUAAGCCACGACGACAUUAUCGAAGGGGGCCAACCCAUGACAGAGGCUACAGAGGUGGCCCUGGGGCUGCCUGAAGGAGAAACACACAUGGGGACAUCUCUGCUGCUAGUGCACGGGGAUGAGAGAUCACCUGCCUUCACUGAUCAAAGUUCCUUUACUCCCACAAGUCUGAUAGAGGAUAUGGAAGUUUCUGCUGUGAACCUGUUCCAAAGUAUGGGAGACUACGUGGAAUCCACCAAGGAAAAUGAUGCUAUGUUUUUCUUAGAGACGACUGUUUCCAUCUCAGAAUAUGAGUCUGAGGCAUAUCAACUGUUGGGAAAUACACCGAAAGACAUCGCCACUCAAGAGAUGACAACAGCGGUUCAAGACCCAGAUGCCACUUUAUCCUUGAUGACACAAGAGCAGGUUGCUACCCUUGAGGUCACCAGAGACGAUGGUGAGACUGAAGGAAGAGAGGAGUCCCCCUUUCCCAUGUCUGAUGUUCCUGGUGGUACUCAGCUGUCGAGAAGAUGGGAGCCUCUGGCCACGACAGUUUCAGCUUUAGCCAUCUCUUUGUCUUUCGAAGUUACUCCUGCUGCUGUGGAAGACCUAACGGACACAGUCACAAGGCCAAAUGAAGAGUUCACACCAGUUUUGGACUCUCCAGUGACACCUUAUGGAAUAAUGGUGGAGAUGCCCAGCAUUUCCCCAGCCUUUCCUGCUUCUGAGGCAUCCUCUGAGAGAACUGUGGUUCCAUCCAUUAGCCGUGUUAAUACAGCUGCCUCGUAUGGCCUGGACCAAUCUGAAUCUGAAGAGGCAGAAGAAGAUGAGGAUGAAGAGAAUGAAGAGGAUGAGGAGGAAGAGGAGGAAGAGGAGGAAGACGACGAAGAAGAUAAAGACACAGACUCCCUGGAUGCGAGCUUGGACCUGAACACUGAGCUGCCGGGGUUUACUCUCCCUGGUGUCACAUCCCAGGAACCUGGCCUAGAUCAGGAAAACAUAGACCUGUUGGAGGGAGCCACCUUCCAGGUGCCAGACGCCAUCGAGUGGGAACAGCAGAAUCAGGGCUUGGUGAGAAGCUGGAUGGAAAAACUAAAAGACAAGGCUGGCUACAUGUCUGGGAUGCUGGUGCCCAUAGGGGUGGGGAUAGUGGGAGCCUUGUUCAUCUUGGGAGCACUCUACAGCAUUAAGGUGAUGAAUCGCCGAAGGAGAAAUGGCUUCAAAAGGCAUAAAAGAAAGCAGAGAGAGUUCAACAGCAUGCAAGAUCGAGUAAUGCUCUUAGCCGACAGCUCUGAAGAUGAAUUUUGAAUUGGACUGGGGUUUCAAUGGGUUAUGCAACAAUGUUAUUUCAUUUUUUAUUU